AUGUCUCCCCUUCUCCUCUACCUCUCCCUCCUAUUCUCCCUCAUCACCACCAUAAUCUCCUUCCACCGCCGCCGCCGCCACGUCAUCAGCGGGCCACCGACAUACCCUCUCAUCGGCUGCCUCAUCUCCUUCUACAAGAACCGCCGCCGCCUCCUCGACUGGUACACAGCCCUCCUCUCCCAAUCCCCGACCAACACCAUCGUCAUCACCCGCCUCGGCGCCCGCCGCACCAUCGUCACCGCCAACCCUUCCAACGUCGAGUACAUCCUCAAAACCAACUUCCCAAACUACCCCAAGGGGAAACCCUUCACCGACAUCCUCGGCGACUUCUUGGGGUACGGCAUUUUCAACGUCGACGGCGACGCGUGGCGGGCGCAGAGGAAGCUUGUGAGCCACGAGUUCACGGCGAGGUCGCUAAAGGAGUUCUUCAUCACGACUCUAGAGGAAGAGGUGGAGAAGGAGCUGGUACCCAUGAUGGAGAGCUUGGCAGAGACCGAGAAAGUGGUUGACUUGCAGGAGUUGCUGAGGAGGUUGACUUUUAAUAUGGUGUGUAGGGUUUCUCUUGGAGCGGAGAGGUGUUGCUUGGACCCUAAGGAACCGGAGCAGCAGCUGAGCAAGGCGUUUGACGUCGCGUCGACGAUCUGCGCCAGGAGAGGGGCGGCUCCGCUGGGUGUGGUGUGGAAGCUGAAGAGGUUGCUCGGAGUUGGGUCGGAGAGGGAGCUGAAAGAAGCCGUCGGGGAAGUUCAUAAGGCGGUGAGUGAAAUGAUUGCUAGUAAGAAAGAGGUCAUGGGGAACAAUAACGAUGACGAUCAAGAUCUUCUGUCGAGGUUGAUCGAGGCAGGGUACGAGGAUGUGGAGAUUAGAGAUAUCGUGAUCAGCUUGAUCAUGGCGGGCAGGGACACGACGUCGGCGGCGAUGACGUGGUUGUUCUGGCUGCUGUCAAGUCACCGGGGAAUGGAGUCGGCGGUGGUGGAGGAAGGUAAGAGGGUGGCGACGACGUCGGAGGCGUUGGAAGAGAUGAAGCUGUUGAAGGCUUGUUUGUGCGAGUCAAUGAGGCUGUACCCGCCGGUGGUGUGGGACUCCAAACACGCCGUCGUGGACGAUUUGUUGCCGGAUAAUACUCCGGUGAGGGCCGGGGAUCGGGUGACGUACUUCCCGUACGGUAUGGGAAGGAUGGAAGGGCUAUGGGGGAAGGACUGGUUCGAGUUUAGGCCGGAGAGGUGGUUUGUUGAUAAUGAAGAGAAGAGUUGUGAGCUCAAAAGGGUGUGUCCGUACAAGUACCCAAUAUUUCAGGCGGGGCCAAGGGUGUGUUUGGGGAAAGAGAUGGCGUUCGUGCAGAUGACGUAUGUGGUGGCAUCGAUUCUGCGGCGGUUUGAGAUCCGGCCGGUGAGUCAAAAGAGGCCGGUGUACGUGCCGCUUUUGACGGCUCACAUGGCCGGCGGCUUAAAUGUUUUGGUCAAAAGGAGGUGUCAAAGUAAAACUGAGACAAGGUGA